AGCUCAGGUGUUAACACCUGGACGAGACACUUUCGUUUAGAACUUUGCCUGUUUGUCUGUUCUGACUUGUUGGAAGGAGAAAUAACAACCCACGAGUUGUUGGAGUUAAAUCAGAGAGUAAAAGUGUUUUUUCUGUUCCUGCACCCGAGACGACAAAGUGAAAGUGAAAGUACACUGAAGGUACGACGGCGGCUGCGGAGCAUACCUGUGAUUAUUCUGCUGCUCUGCAAUGGGUUGCUUUUAUUUCCUGGCCUCGUUCUUAUUUACCUCCUGCCUCGUUCUAGGUGCUGAACCGCCUACAAAAUAUGUCCUCAAGGGGACGGGGGAGAGCUUGAAGCCGACCUUUUCUGGACAACCAAAUUCAAUUCUGUGGAGACAUAACGGAAACAAAGUGGUGGAGUUUGACAGCAGAGAGGAACAGGUGUACGGAGCGUACAAAAACAGGAUCACUCUCGACUGGGUCUCGGCAGAGCUCGAAAUCACCGGCCUCAAGUUUGAAGACAGAGGACUCUAUGAAGUGGAAGUCGACAUCGACAACAUUUUCUAUCUGUCAGAAUUCAAACUGGAGGUCAUAGACAAGGUUGCCCGGCCGACCAUAUCUUGUGAGAUAAACAAAGACGGUGGCUCCGAUGUUUCUGAGGUCCGGGCGACGCUGCUGUGCUCUGCAGACCCCACCCCACCUGAGUCCAUGAUGAAGUUUAAAUGGAGAGCACGGGGAAAAUCACAACUGGGACACAAGUUUAAUAUUUCUCUGGGAGACGAACGAGAUAACGAAGAAUACAGCUGUUCAGUCAGCAACCCUGUGAGCAGUGAGACGGCGACAUUCACAGCAAAGUAUUGUUAUCACGGUUGGUCCCAUUGAGAUUAAAAACCUCUUUUCCACUGAGACCUGGCCGUCGUACGCGUCGUGGACGUCAUGUUUUUAGUAACUUGCUGUUUUUUCUCCAUCCACAUUUAUUAUGAGUACAAUAUAUUAAUAACAGAUAAUAAUGCUUGAGUACUAAACAGGAUUAACGGUCUCUAAAUUCUAUAAACACGUUUCAUUAGAGUUGUUUUAAAUAUGCAGAACCCUUACAAAGACACAUGCUUCAUAUUCUCAUACCUCUCUAUGAUCAGUUCUAGGUGCUGAACCGCCUACAAAAUAUGUCCUCAAGGGGACGGGGAGAGCUUGAAGCCGAC